AAAGUUCUUAGUUCUCCAAGCAGCAUGUGGUUGAGUGCAAUAAUUAUGCUGUUUCAGCUGUUUGAUUUUGGGUACUCCGAAAGCAAAUAUAAUGUCAGCUACGCAGAUUUGGACAAGUGCAAACAAUACAACGCAGUUAGCGGAUAUAAUUACCACACCUUUUUCAAGCUGGAGGAACUGGAAAACCAUAGCUUAGAUAACGAAACCGUCAUCAAUCUGCGUUUGUUCGUGAUAACAUCGAAGGAUGCUCACAUCCUGCUAUCGGAUAUUGAAUCUGCAACUGCAGAUGCUCAGGUUUACGAAAUCGUUAUCGGAGCCGGCGCAAACACUUUCAGCGAGAUAAGAAAGCAACGCAAGAAGAAUCCACUGAAAACGAAAUCAACGAAAGGCAUCUUGUCGGCGAUCGAUCCACUACCGUUGCGAAUCCGUAUCACCAAGGACGGACUGAUCGAAGUCAUAAUCGAAGGUCAAGAUCUUCCGUUGAUGUCAGCCAGCGAUAAAAGUCUCAUAAACGUGCGCUACCUGAGCUUCAGUUCCUGGGGAUCCUCACAGGCUAAGUGGUUCUACGAUUGUCCGAUCAACGACGACGAGCCAGAAACACACCUGGAAGAAUUCGAACCGAUCCGGUUCAUGACACCGAUGGCGAAGCUGCUGCACGAGUUGCAGAUGAACGUAUCGUUUGAUCCGCCCAGAUGGUACACGCCUAUUGAGUUGAAAAAGAUGGUUUUCACUCGAAUUGCGUACGAUUCGUGGAAGAACUCGCUGGAAACGCGAUCAUUUAUUCAACUGUCUUGGAGGGAUAAUCGAACCACUUGGCUACCGGAGGAGCACGGCAAUAUAACGAAAGUUAUUGGAUUUCAAUAUCUGAUGUGGACACCGACGAUCGUUGUCAAAGACGAAGCGGAAUCGGUUACGUUGGAGCUGCUCGGAAUCGAUCACAUGUCUUUCUCGUACGACGGUCACUUCCAGUUCGUUUCGCGGGAGAUUUCAACGGAAACGUUCUGCUCGGUUGGCGAAUCGCUUGACUGGCCGUACGAAACCAAUGUGUGCGACGUGGUACUCAGCACCGACCUGCCUCUAUCGCCGCUGAAGGUGACAUCGGAUGCCGUGAGCUUUCAUCCUAACAUCAUCCAAUCGGACUGGAACGUGGAAAGCAUCACCAAGCAUGAGAAUACGAACAAAAAUGAGCUGUUUUUACUAAACGAUGGUAGCUUUAGACAGGAAACCAUCCUGAGAUUGCAUAUGAAGCGAAAUAAUGAAUUCUACAAUACGGUGCUGUACGCUCCGUAUUUCAUGUCGAAUGUUAUGAUUUUAGUAUCAUUUUGGUUGGAGGGAAUGUUGCGGAUCUGGUCCAAUGGAAUCGGAAUCCUCAUAUUAUUGGUUUCGUUUCUUCAGAUGUCCGGUUACGUUCCACAAACUUCAAAUCCGACGAUCUUCAACUAUUUCCGCUGCACUCUGGUCUUUUCCUGGCUGUGCGUGGUCCUGUUCGUGCUGGACACGUGGCUUCGAACGUACGGACCGAAGAUGGCUCCCGAUUCCUGGCUGGCUCGGCUCAUCAGUUAUCCCCACCUAAGAUCGGUGCUGCGCUUGGAUGGUGCUUCAACUUACGGUAGUUUACAUCAGCGCAAUCUCGAGUGGCGUGACUUUGCGAAACUACUGGAUCGAGUUGUGUUUUUGGCAAUGAGUGGUGUUUUUAUUGCAUCGUGUUUCAAGAAAAUUUAAAGUUAAAUUAG